UUAUUAUUAUAUUUUUGAAACUAAUUGGAUUAUACUCUCUUCAAACAUAAUAUACAUAUAAUAAUUUUGUGAACCAAAACACACAUGAUAAAAAUGGGAGGUACUCAAAAUGAGUUGAGUCAAUUUGGAGAAUUAGAAUGGAUAAAAUGUGGCGAAAUAAAAAUGUGUGCUAAUCGAAAUGAUUUUCAAUUAAGCUGUGACCAUUGUAGUGACAUAUUUACGCAAAUGGCUGUUUUCGCACGACACUUGCAUUGGGAGCACCAAGUGGGUGUUGAAUUGCUGGGGAAACAACAAGAUCGGAAGGAUUUAAGCAUUUACACUGUGGAGGAACUGCUUACCAAUAAAAACUUCGAUACUAAAUCGUCCAGCGUUGAAAAUACAAGUGACACAAUUGAUAAUGAAGACGAUACCGGACUUGGCAGCGACGAAGAAUUGGAAAAAGAAAUUGAGGAAUUAUUGAUAAGUAUGGCUUCUGAAUAUUCGCCUAGUUGCAAUGAUACUGAGUGUUCCGAAAAUGAUUCCGGUUUUGGAAACACAAAAAGUAUUCAUGACAGUGUUAAAAACAACCAGGACAAAGUUAUAAGCAAUGUAAAGGUACAAGCAAAUAUUGGAAGGAAGACGUCAAAGGAAUUGGAAACCCAAACAUUAUCCAAAGCUUUAGAAAUAGAUAUAAAUAAUAAAACAAAAGAUGUAUCAAACACAAGUCAAAAACUUAUAAAUAUGAACAAAAAUGUUGGGAGUACGAUGGACUCUACUCAAAAAAAUACAAAAGACACAAAAAACAACAAAGUUAGCUUAAAUAAUAGCAGCAAUGAAAAUCGUUGUAUUGAACGCCAUGAAAAAAACGUUGCAGUUGCUCCAAAAACUAAGCAGAAAUUACCAUUAAAACAAUAUUUGGAAAGCAAAAAAUUCCUUUUACAAAGUGACGAUGAAACCAAAAAUUGUGACCACAGGAUUAAAAAGAAUACUGUCAAUGAAACCAAACACGCUAUAAGUGAUGUACUGGUAUUAAAAACAGAAACCAACAAAACACAUAUAAACCAAGAAAAACUGUAUAAUUUACUAAAUAACGAAGAUAUAGAAUGCGGUCGUACUUCUGUGGAAGCUCAGGUUUCAAACACAACUAAACUGAAUAGUAAAGAUAUGUGUAUCGAGAUAGAUUGUAAUAAUAUUUUCACUGCAACCGAUGAUCUCUCAUUAACUGAUAUAACUAAUAUUGAAGAAGAAAAGACUGACAAGGUAAAUAAUAUCUGUAAUAGUGAAAAAGAAAUCAACAACAUUAAAAGUAAUGUACUCGAGUUGCAAAUAACGGAUGAAAAGCAUUGCGGAUUUCAAUAUGAGGCGUCAAAAAUUUAUGAUUCAAAUGGUUAUCAAAAUGAAUAUAUAAAUUACAAUAGAAUAAGUGAUAAUUCAAGCGCUGUUGAUGAAAAAACAAGCCAGCAAUCGAAUAGUACCGAAGAAAUGGAAAUUGACAAACCACUUGAUCUUAGUUUUAAUAAAUCUGAUGAAUGGUGUGAUCUUCAAUUGGAAGACAUUUCCGAGCUACUAUUAACCAAUGGAAAAGACACAAUGGAAUUGGUUGCGGAAGACUUUGAUAAAUUGGUGGCACAACAAACGCCUAACGCCUUUACUGAUAACCCAACGUCGUUAUUUAAUUCUGAACACUUGCAACUAACUGAUAUAAUCGCCGACAAUUUAUUGCCACCAUUUUCCAAAUUCUUUCAAAAUAAUGCAAACACUUUAAAAAAUGCCAAUAAUUGUAUUGCGCAAUCAACACCGAAAGAGAAGAGGUUGAAAGCAUCAGACGCUACGAGUAGGUCAGUGAAAAAUUUAUAUUCUAACGAAUUUAUUGCAACUGAAACUGCACAAAAUGUUAACGAGAAUGUUGAAAACGUCAUAAGAGAACAAAAAAUGAGCGUAUUUUCUAAAAAUCUACAAUGCAGAUUUAAAGUUUUGAAGCGCGUAGCAUCAUGCAACGAUAAAAAAUCAAAAAAGAGAAAGCAGGAAGUCGAAAACGUGGAGGAAAUUAUAAAAGAAAGUAGAACUUCAAUGAAACAGAAUAUUGAAAUAUUGAGUGUUGAUGUAAUACUACCAAGUGACAAUAGAACACAUAGUGAGUCUACAACAUUUACCAGUGGCGGCGCAGUAUUACCAGCCGUAGGCAUACCAAAAACCAAAGACAGUGACGAUUUGCAAAUACAGGAUGUAAGACAGGAAAUAAACCAAAGCGAUAAUUGGGGAGCCGAGAGUAUUAUAAAAGAUUUAAUACCGUAUGUGAAAAUAAAAAAACCGACAAUCUUAGAGGUGGAUCUCUGUUCACAUGCCGCAGCUGAUAGCACCAGCGAACAGCAGCAACUGCCUUUAGCAUUAAUGAAUGAAAUUGAUUACACGCCCGACGAUACGCUUAAUCAGCUAAAAUUAAAUGCUAUCGGUGAUGAAAAGCUGGAUUUUAAUACAACAAUGGAGAGUUGUUUGAACGUUACAAUGCCUUGCGACAGCCAAAACAAUACAGCUGAUGAUAGUAUAAUCUCCACUGCGUCUGAAGAAGAGCAGGAAAACUAUACGCUACUAUGCUCUGUAGGCUUAAAAAUCAUUAUGGACCCCAACGCCGAGGAUGAGUUGAACUUAGAACGUUUGGAGGAGAUGCAUGCAAAGGCAAACGCUUUUUCGAAGAUUUUCGCCGAAUUCAAAUAUCUUUGGAAAGUUGGCAAAGGCAUUAAGAGCUACGAGCAAUUGGAAUUAGAUUUCAUCAGACUAAUGCAACGUUUAAACGAACAUUAUAAAUUCGAAAUGACCAUAAGCCAAACGAAACGAAUUGUAAAUUUGCUUUCACUCUGGUAUAUGCAGACAUACCACAAGUGGUUUAUUGAUAAAAAACGUGUCACAAAUGCGUUACAACAUUAUUUGCAGACGUUCGCAUUUCUGCCAAAAACUACGCGACGCAUAUUCUAUUGCGAAGAGUGUCCACGUUAUUUUCUCGCACAACAGAAAUACUUUGCACAUCGUCAGGGCCACAGCGUGUUAAUGCCCACAUGCGCCAAUUGUCAAAGCAACUUUGCGAAUCGCAAAGAACUACAGUUACACGCCAAAGUGUGUGCAACAUUCAAAUGCGUGGAAUGUGCUUUUAAAUUUGAAAAUGCCGCAAAUUUGGAAUAUCAUAUGCGCAACAAACAUAUUGUACAGUGUGAGAAAUGUGGCAAAUUAUGUGCCAGCGCGGCCGAAUUAGACUGGCACGAACAUCAGUAUCCGAUAAUAUGUGGCUUGUGCAAUCGCUUAUUCGACGCGGCUGAUUUAUUGCAAAAACAUCGACAAGAGUCCUUUCACUGGGACUAUACAUGCCGGCCGUGUGAUAUAUUUCUGCCUACCGCCACGCUUAUGAAGCAGCAUCUCAGGCUUUGCAUGGGCAAUACAAUGUAGUAAAUAGUAUAACUAUUUUUUUUUUGUUUUAAAUUUCAAAUUUAAAUUUUUUUUAAAUUUUUUUUAAUAUAUAUAUUUUUUCAUUUAAAUUGGUUUUUUUUUCAUUUAAUUUUUUUUUUAAUUAAAAACAUUUCUAUUAAUAAAUUUUUAUUUUUUUUUUUUAUUAAAAACAUUUUUAUUAAUAUUUUUUAUAUCUUUUUUUUUAAAAACAUUUUUAUUAAUAUUUUUUUAUUUAUUUUUUUUAAUUAAAAACAUUUUUAUUAAUAUUUUUUUAUUUUUUUUUUAAAUACAUUUUUUUUAACCUUUAAUCAUUUAAUAGUUUUAACUAAAAAGUGCAUGUGAAUUCCCAGUAUUUUAAUUUUAAGUAGAAAGUGAAUUUAUUUACAUAUAUUUUAAAAAUGUUUUUUUAAACAAUUUUUAAUAAUUAGUGUUAUGAAUAAAAAUAAAAUAUUUCAAUGAAGUGCCAAGAAAUUUAUAACAAAAGUGUUGUUAUUUCUAUUAUUUUAUCAAGCAUGUAAACAUUUACCGUUAUAAGUCUCGCCCGGCACAUAGCCAUUGGCACCCUCAGCCACAAUUAAUCUAUAACCAUUGUCGCCGCGCGAACGUCUACCAUGCGGUAGGUGUGUGGGUGCACGCGUACAACACGCCGCCAAUUGAAACGCCACAAAA